UCCAACGCCGUAUAAUGUCCAUAGGAGCUCUUGUGUUGUAGUACGCGCGGGGCGCAACCUCGUUUGAAAUAAGAACGCUUAACCGCCCUUACUCUCCGUUUAAUGAAAUUAUAUAAGAGAGGUUUUCGUAUUUGAAUAAAUUGAGGAUCUUAAGCUAUAAUCCAACAUGGCAACCGUGAUUUCCGAACGCCAAUCAACUUGUCAAGAUGAUGUUAUUAAUUUCUAUGAUAUUAACGCUCUCACGAGAUACUGAUAUAGUCUAACGGAGUAUACAUAUAUUUUCCGAAUAUUCCAGAGGAUUAAAUAACGUCGCCAAAGUAGAUUUUAACUUAUAAGAUAAAGGAGAAAAUAGCCGAAAAAUGGAAGUGGACUUAGGACGUUGUGGCGGGACCAGUGAUCACACACGUGAAUAUCACACGCGAGGCUGUGGGUCCAUCUGUCUGGUUUAAUGGGUUUUCUCCAUCGGCAGCUCGACUCUUCGAGCCUUGGAUGAAGAGCGCGGCAUGGGGAAGCCGUGGGAUUUGUGGAUCGCCCUAACCGUCAUCUGCGUCUGGUCCGGCUGCCUCGCCCUCAGGACGAACAAUGAAAAGGGCCGAGCGACCCAGCUGCGCCUCAUGACGAAGGCUGGGGAGACAGAGGCCCUUCCCAGGCGAGGAACAGCCAUCAGGGAGAAGGAAAUCGCCGCCAUUUUCAGGGGCGUGGCCUACGGCGCUCCUACCCAGGGACGCCCCAUCAAUUCGACCAUCCCUUCGGCCUUCGUCGUCCCUCCUGGCGUGUCGACUGUGGCUGCUGCUGCUGCAUCAUCCUCCUCCUCCUCCUCCUCCUUCGCUUCCACAGUGGCUACUUUAGAAGACUCCUACUAUGCUGUUUCCCAUCUCCCGCUGAACCCGGAGCCCGGUCCUAACCCCGAGAGAGACAGGAACAGCGAUGGCACCUCUGCGAAAGAUCACAACGGGGGGUUUCAUGACGAGACGAACAGUGCCAUAGUUUCCUUAUCCACACUUUCUCCAAAGGGCACCAGUUCAAUCAAUCAUCAUAUAACCGGUGGUAGUUCGGAGAAUGCAACGGGCGUCGUCGGAGUCAAGGGAAUAGGGAAGAAUGGCAGUCAGGGCUCGGCUGACUUGCGAUGGAACCUCGGGUUGAUCUGGUGGGUGCAAGUGUACACGUCUGUGGGUCUGUUCACGCUGCUGGCGAUAGUGACGCUGUUCCUGAUGACGCGCUUCGCCAUCUCUACUCACUUGUUGCCCCGACCGCACUACCUCCUGCUCCACUUGCUGAUAUUCUUCACCGCUUUCCUGCGCAGCCUCCACAUCCUUCACGACUCUCACACUUUGAAGUAUGCACUGCCAGUGUUUCUCCUGGCCAAUGUCGAGGAAGCGAUAUGGCCUUGCCUAACUGCAGCUCUUGCACUUGUGCUCGUGGCUGUGCUACGAGUCUGGCGUCACCCAAAGCAUCCCCACCUAGCCCUAGGCCUAGCUCUCGUCACAGCAGUGCACCUCGUUACACUUCCCGCUGCUCUUUUGGCAGCAACUUUGCUCAAGGAGGAGGAAAAUCUACCCAUUAAGACGACUACUCGAGCAGUGACUGCUGCGUGGGGAGGUGCCGUAGGCAUGGGAGGCAUCUGGGCAGUUUGGCGGGAGAGUAGAGACUAUUCCUCCCAGAUGACGACAGAUGUUCGGGUCAGUAGCAGCCAUGAGAACUCCUCCCCUAAUGUGGCUUAUCCUGCGCGCUUGGUGUUUACAGCAGCCGUAACCCAGCUGCUUCUUGCGGGUCUCCACGUUUAUACACUUCUAAUGCCCAUAUCGCCCGAAGGUCACAUUUGGGUAUGGUGGUUUUGUAUAAGUAUCUCCAGAGGAUUAGAGCUAGUUGUUUGUAGUACCUUGGUUUCAGCUGCAGCACUAACCUUAGAUAGACCUAGCCAGUGCUGCGUUUUCAGAUCUUGUUGCCAGAAAAGGACGGUUGAGAUUGUUCACCCAACCGAAAUCAAGAUGAUUCAUCCUAUGGGUGUUUAUACUCUACAGCCGGCAAGACCCAAAAACGAACAUGCUCAAACCAUCGCUGCUUUAUCAUUAAGUAACCCACAUAAAGACAAGAGGAACCACAGCAGUUUAGAUUACGUUACAUCAGAUUUCCAGCUCGUUUGGAGUCAUAAUCGCCAAAGACCGUUAGCGGGCUCGCAGACGACUCAUCGGCUCAUAGGAGAUGAUAUACCAAGGGCACACAUACUUCCAAUUGCUCCAAGAAAUGUAAUGGAACCCUUUGUUAAUACCAACGCAUUUUCCUCUACACUACCACGGAACAGAAUCUAUGCAUCUCCGACAGCUUGCCUGCAGUUUGAAGAGGAAGAAAUGAAAAACUCGCAAGAACGAGGCAUAAACUACAACAGCAAAAGUUCCACCUUGUUAUCAGAGAGUAGUGGCAGCAGCAAGCUCUAUUCUUCUCCCCAAAUCCCACUGAGAUCGAGCAGGAGCUGGGACGAGCUAUCAACUGGCCAUGUGUACGAGGACCCCAUGAAGGCGAAGCCCGGCUCCGUCGACGAGGGCUUGUCAGACCUCUCGGACAUGAACAGUGAUAACAUAAACGACCUUUUCUUUAACGAAACUUGUAGUCCAGUGUUACUUCGUCCAAAAAGGCGAUCUCGGAGGCGCCACCACACGGCCUGCUAUCUCAGCGCUCGGCAUUUCACAACGCACCAGCCUGGUGGUGUUGGUGUUGGCGGUGGUGGUGUUCACCACCCAGGCCAUCUCGUCUCCCACUCCUCCAAGAGCUCUGACCAGAAGCUUCUCGUCCGCCAGAACGCCACUCAGCACACCCCCAGCGAGCAGGGUACCUUCCCGAAACCUGGGGACUUCAGCAGCGUCAACGCGUCCCUCCCAGGGAUACUGCCCCCUCCCCCCUUCCUCUCUAGUGCUCAAAACACCUCCACAGUCCACCGUGGGUCCCUCCACCCUCCCUCCUCCGCCCAGAAUUCCUCCUCUUCCUCCUCCUCCAUUCGGCAUGGACACGUGGGCCUGAACAGACCCAAGUUGAAACCUAAGCCCGAUCACCACGACGGGUUUUAACCCGUCUCGUUCGUCUGUAGUGAAUCCCUUAGGCGUGUUUUGGUGAUAGUGAAGUGUGGGAUGAACCCCCGUGAUGACUCUAGUCUAAAACCCUUCACCCUUUCAUUCUGUGGCUACUUAGACAAUCAUAAAUAUACAGUAAAUAUGUUAUAUAUCAAAUAUGAUGUUGUGUAUAAAUGAAGACGGCGCAUUUUCAUCAUCAUGAUUUUUUUAUAUACAAAAAUAAUCGCUUGUCAAACAUAUUUAUGCCUGCUUUAUGUUUUCCCCUUUCAUCUCCCGUCGUCAGACGAUUUCAAAACAGCUCCCCCGCCCCCCCACCCCCACCCCAACAAGGGUGGACAAUGUUUGAAUUGAAUCUUCAAAAGCCGAUCGCAGAAUUAUUUUCUGUGUCAUGCAACCCAGAGAGAAUUUUCAGUUCUCUCUCUCUCUCCUCUUCUCUCUCUCUCAUUUUCUCUU